AUGGUACGCUCCGGGAUUCCUGUCCCAUCCCUUCUCGCCCUCUUCGGCGCCCUCCUGGUGCUCUUCCCGGAGAUGCCAAUGGGAGACCCCGAGGGGUUUUACGACGUGCCCCUCACUGAUCCGAUUGUGCCGCUUGCCGUCGCCUUUGCUGUGGCGAAACACAACGACCGACGAAAGGAGAGCACCAACUAUUUCAAGUUGCUGCGUGUUGUACAGAUGCAGGCACAGGUGAUUACUGGAGUCAAAUACUAUCUUACUGUGGAGGGGGUUGAAACAGAAUAUAAAAAGGAGAGCAGCAAGACAAAGAUAUAUCAGAAGAUCCAGGAAUGUGAGCAACUUCCAGGGAAUCAUGAGAUCCAGUAUCCCUGA